CCGGAGUCCGCGGCGCUGCGUGCGGCUAGAGGUCCAGAGGCGAACCCUUGGCUGGUGCAGAGGAGAAACCCCCAAGUCCCCGGCCUUUCACUGAGACUCCUGGAAGGGGCUGCGCGCUGUGUACUGAGCCGGCGUCUCGGGGAGCAAUUGUGCAGAGCGGGGACUUCCACGUGAGCGGUUCCACGCUCCCUACUACUGUCCCGUCCUCCCAGCCGUCUCUGCCGCCCCAGAAUCCUUGCGGUGGGGCGCGCAGGGGCUGGGAUCCCCGCCGGCCUCUGGUGAGUGAGACUCGCUCGGCCCCUGGCUGCCCUGGGCGUUGCCGGAGCCCGAGGGGGCGCAGGUCCGGCCGGGCUGUUUGAUGGCUUCACUGAGAAGAGUCAAAGUGCUGCUGGUGUUGAACCUGAUCGCGGUAGCCGGCUUCGUGCUCUUCCUGGCCAAGUGCCGGCCCAUCGCGGUACGCGGCGGAGACGCCUUCCAUGAGAUCCGGCCGCGAGCCGAGGUGGCCAACCUCAGCGCGCAAAGCGCCAGCCCCAUCCAGGAUGCGGUCCUGAAGCGCCUCUCGCUGCUGGAGGACAUCGUGUACCGGCAGCUGAAUGGCUUAUCAAAAUCCCUUGGGCUCAUCGAAGGUUAUGGUGGGCGGGGCAAAGGGGGCCUCCCGGCUACUCUUUCCCCUGCUGAGGAAGAGAAGGCCAAGGGGCCCCAUGAGAAAUAUGGCUACAAUUCCUACCUCAGUGAAAAAAUUUCACUGGACCGUUCCAUUCCGGAUUAUCGUCCCACCAAGUGUAAGGAGCUCAAGUACUCCAAGGACCUGCCCCAGAUAUCCAUCAUCUUCAUCUUCGUGAACGAGGCCCUGUCCGUGAUCCUGCGGUCAGUGCACAGUGCCGUCAAUCACACGCCCACACACCUGCUGAAGGAAAUCAUUCUGGUGGAUGACAACAGCGACGAAGAGGAGCUGAAGGUUCCCCUGGAGGAGUAUGUCCACAAACGCUACCCCGGGCUGGUGAAGGUGGUGAGAAAUCGGAAGAGGGAAGGCCUGAUCCGUGCUCGCAUUGAGGGCUGGAAGGUGGCCACCGGGCAGGUCACUGGCUUCUUUGAUGCCCAUGUGGAAUUCACUGCUGGCUGGGCUGAGCCGGUUCUGUCCCGCAUCCAGGAAAACCGGAAGCGUGUGAUCCUCCCCUCCAUUGACAACAUCAAACAGGACAACUUUGAGGUGCAGCGGUACGAGAACUCGGCCCAUGGGUACAGCUGGGAGCUGUGGUGCAUGUACAUCAGCCCCCCAAAAGACUGGUGGGACGCCGGAGACCCUUCUCUCCCCAUCAGGACCCCAGCCAUGAUAGGCUGCUCGUUCGUGGUCAACAGGAAGUUCUUCGGUGAAAUUGGUCUUCUGGAUCCUGGCAUGGACGUGUAUGGAGGGGAAAACAUUGAACUUGGAAUCAAGGUAUGGCUCUGUGGGGGCAGCAUGGAGGUCCUUCCUUGUUCACGGGUGGCCCACAUCGAGAGGAAGAAGAAACCGUAUAAUAGCAACAUCGGCUUCUACACAAAGAGGAACGCUCUGCGCGUUGCUGAGGUCUGGAUGGACGAUUACAAGUCUCAUGUGUACAUAGCGUGGAACCUGCCGCUGGAGAAUCCGGGAAUUGACAUUGGCGAUGUCUCCGAAAGAAGAGCAUUGAGGAAAAGUUUAAAGUGUAAGAAUUUCCAGUGGUACCUGGACCACGUUUACCCAGAAAUGAGAAGAUACAAUAAUACAAUUGCUUACGGGGAGCUUCGUAACAACAAGGCAAAAGAUGUCUGCUUGGACCAGGGGCCGCUGGAGAACCACACGGCAAUAUUGUAUCCGUGUCACGGCUGGGGACCACAGCUUGCCCGCUACACCAAGGAAGGCUUCCUGCACCUGGGCGCCCUGGGGACCACCACGCUCCUCCCUGACACCCGCUGCCUGGUGGACAACUCCAAGAGCCGGCUGCCCCAGCUCCUGGACUGCGACAAGGUCAAGAGCAGCCUGUACAAGCGCUGGAACUUCAUCCAGAACGGAGCCAUCAUGAACAAGGGCACGGGGCGCUGCCUGGAGGUGGAGAACCGGGGCCUGGCUGGCAUCGACCUCAUCCUCCGCAGCUGCACGGGUCAGAGGUGGACCAUUAAGAACUCCAUCAAGUAGAGACAGGGGGCUGGGGCCCUGGCGGAGAGACAGCAAGGGGCCGGCUGGCACUCGGCGGGCCCUUCAGGGCAGCACGGGGACCCCAGAUGGAUACUCUGUCCCCCUCAGGCAUUCAGCUGCCCACAGGGUUCCUGCACCCUGGAAAAGCCCCCGCCCCUUCUCUGGGAAGCCGAGAGCUGUCCUCCGCAGCCUCUGAUGUGGACCCGGUACUGAGGGGUGAGGCUGUCCGGUUCUCCACCGCAUCCGCCACCCCCGAGUCAGGACCUGGGACCGGCAGAGUCCCCUCCUGCGGCCCGUCUCCUGCAGCAGCACCUGCUCAACUCCACUCAUCCACACGGUGGGAGGCAGCGGGGGCGUCAGCCACGUCCGAGCUCCCCGCCCCAAAAGGAGGCAGCGAGGACCGGGCACUGUUUCCUCCGAGGCUGCUUCUGCCCAGAUGGCACCUGCCUGUUCACGCCCCAAGGCAGCCACUGCCCCCAACUCUUCCCACCAGGGUGGCUUUGGGCACUGCCGCUCUGGACUCUUCUGGCCCCUCCUGAGAUGACCUGGAUGGAGCCGAUGCCUUGGCUCCUGGUCACCUGGGCACUAGGCUCGUACCGAAAUUGGGACAGCUCUCCUGCCAGUCUAGAGGCCGGAGACAGAAACAGGCUAAGCCUGCAGCAUGGUCUCAGCCGCGAGGGCCCCGCAGGGUGGAGCUGGGUCAGGGACUGGGAGCCCUGAGUGAGGGAGGCCGUCCCCGGGGAGCAGAAGGGACCCUUUAUCCAGAACUUACGGGCUGCAGCGAAGGCUUCCGGGAACCUCGAACGUGCUUUCGGCUCACCUCAUCUCACCCGUGCUCUGCUGGCUGGCGGAGGAGAAGCCGGUCGUUUCCUCUCUGAAGAGUAAUAAUUUUUUUCGAUUGCCCUCUGGUUAGGGUGCACAUAUAAAUCAGAGUUAAUAUAUGAACGCGUGUGCAUGCAUGAGCGUGUGUGUGCCUGUGUGCUGUGCGUGGCAAGGAGUGUGCGUGUGUGUCUGGUUGUGCGUUCGGAGCGUGUGACCAUGCUGACCUAGCUGUGUGGCCCUGGGCUUGCUGCUUCAUUGCUCACCUCGAUAGGGAUGAGGUGGGUGAGAAGGACGAGGGGGUGUGGGUUUGGCCCAUGUCACUGGCCGGAAGCAUGUGGCCCAGCCUGCCCUGUGGGGCCCCCCGCGGAAGGUGGCCCCAUCUCCCAGUCCCCAUCUCUCUCCCCUGCGCUGUCCCUGGUCAAGCACUGCCCAGAGCUGAACCCCAUAGCGUCCCCCUUGCCCUGUGUGGGAUUCAGAGAGUCUCAUUUGGUGACAUCUUACUGGUGAUCAUCUCCUCACCCCAUCUCCCACCUUGUGAAAUAAAUACAUGUUAGCACUUCCCA